AUGAGCCGGAGAAUUACCCUUCUUUUCCCGUCCAAACGAAACCAAGUUACAAAGCAAAGCUUUGAUCUCUGUCUAUCUGUGAAUUCAUUUCCUUGGUAUAGAACUAUUCGGGAUAUCUAUUUUCAAUCCAAACAGUGCCUUAUUUGUGUUGGUAUUGCAGCAGUGUGAUGGCGUUUCGUUCCUUCUCAAAUAAAUUUAAAAUCCGUGAUUUGGGUUCAGUAAUAGUGGGAGAGUUUACGAGAAGUCGCAAACCCAUCAAAGACGCUUCAACUUCAAUGCCCUUGGUUGCAGUGUCCGAAAGCAAUUGGUUCAAAACGGCGUCGUGGUUGAGGCACUACCACGACGGAAGACCCAGAGGGCCCCUUUGGAGAGGAAAGAAGCUCAUUGGCAAAGAAGCGCUCUUUGUGAUAAUUGGGUUGAAGAGGUUUAAGGACGACGAGGAUAAGCUUCACAAGUUCAUCAAAACCCACGUUCUCAGACUCUUGAAGAUGGACAUGAUUUCUGUUCUCACUGAACUUGAGCGCCAGGAACAAGUUUCUCUCGCUCUCAUGAUGUUUAAGGUGAUGCAAAAGCAAGAUUGGUACAAGCCUGAUGCAUACCUCUAUAAGGACUUGAUCAUUUCAUUGGCAAGGUCUAAAAAAAUGGAUGAAGUAUUGCAAAUUUGGGAAAGCAUGAGAAAGGAAAAUCUGUUCCCUGAUUCUCAGACUUAUACUGAAGUCAUAAGGGGCUUCUUGAACUAUGGAUCUCCCGCGGAUGCGAUGAACAUAUAUGAGGACAUGAAGAAUUCUCCGGAUCCACCAGAGGAGUUGCCGUUCAGAAUUUUGUUGAAAGGGCUCCUGCCACAUCCUCUUUUGAGAAACAAAGUGAAACAGGAUUUCGAGGAGAUUUUUCCUGAUUCAAGUAUCUAUGAUCCGCCGCAAGAGAUAUUUGGUGCACGCUGAGAAAUUUAUCUAAAAAAGACUUUAUAUUAUGAGUAUCUCCCGGUCCCGGGUGCCAUGAUGAAUUCUGGAAGGAGCUGGAUCUUCAAUGACAGCAGAUGUAGGAGUUGAGGAUAGAGGCUGCGAUCAUUUUCAAGCUUUGUGUGCAUUGCGAUAGUUAGUAAGUUGACUGAGGGUUUACACUAACUGUUUACCAUCGAUGUCCUUGCUCGAGGGAGAUAAGCUUUUGGUAUUAAAACUGGUUAAACUUUACUCAGUUUGAAAGAUCUUAAUGCUCUUUUCCAGUUUCAUUGUCCAUAACGGCAUUGAACAAAUUGUUAACAAAGGAAAAUAAACUCGUCGGUACUUUGUGCCCUACUGUCUAAUGAUGGAUGUAUGUUGCCUUGGAUGAAGAAGGUGAGGGAGGAAUGGGGGAGUUGAGUAUAUUUAUUUUUUUAACCCAUAGAAAUUACAAUUGACAAACAUAAGAGUUGAGUUGAUAUUGUAUCCUUAUUAUACUUACCCAUUUACAUUGUUUAUAUUUAUUAGUUGUUGGUUUCAGACAUAAUAUUUGAAAACUUUUAUGUUGUAAAAAAAUAUUUGACAAGUCUUGUUGGGGUAUCCUUCAA